UUUGCCUCCAUAGUACUCUUUGCAAAAUAAUUCUUAUUAAUUCUUCUAGAAUGCAUUACCCACGCGUGACGAUAUCGACUUAGUGAGGUCUGCCCAAUCAUUGUUUCGUGCUCGUUUGCCAAAUAUAAUUUCUUUGGCCACAUCAAGAAGCCCUAAUUCUCUUCGAAUGCUUGUUGAUCAGUGCUUAAUAACUGCGAAACAAUUUGGUGCGUUGAUUUUGCGUGCGAGUAGGAACGGACAACCUGGUGUUGAAGUUGUUUUGGAUUCGAUAGUUAGUCAUCAUACGAGAGGUAUUCCAAGAGAGAUUCAACAGUGGACAUUAAUGACAACUAGAACACAAAUGAGGCAAUUCUUGUCUAAUCUAGGCGUUCCUGAUAGUGUUUUACAACCAUAUAUAGUUCGUAAGAUUGAUGCUGUGACGUCAAAUGUUGUUGCCAUUGCACAAAAGGAUCAGCAAGGAGAAGCUAUGCAAGUGGACGAUGUCGAUCGAGAUGACAAUAGUGGUGGAGCGAGCGGUUCAACUGAAAUUACGCCAUCUUCUGUAAUAAAUCUCGGGGAUAAGGAAAAUGACGGGGAACCUCUUCCUACAGUUGUAUUAGGAUCAGAAACUUGGCAUAAUGACGUACCAGCUGAUUGGGUUCCUAUAAUAGCUCGCGAUGCCCAGAGACAACGCCGACAAAAUUCUCAAGCUCCUUUCAGUGACGCUUAUUUGUCGGGAAUGCCCAGUAAACGGAGGAAGAUUGUGACAGCUGCUAAACCGCGAGGUAGUCUGUCUCAAGUAAUUUCAGAGAGUGUGCGCAGAGCAGUAACAGCAACUGGUUUGGCUUCAGUUGCGCCGUUAGAGGUGGUAGCGCAAGGUGCAGGGUCCGAUAUAAAUAUUCAAUCAGCAUACAGAGAGUUAUUACGAAGUAAUGUGAGAGCAGGAAUUAGAGAUAACUCAGACUUUACUCCUGAGCGCUUUCCUAACGCCACUAGCUAUUUCAAUGGUCCUCAAUAAUAAUAAUAGUAACUGUGCUUUGCAUUGAUAUAAACAAAAAAAUAUGAGAGCUAUUAGGCUGCUGUACUGUAGACAAUGUAAUAAUUGUUAUUAUGGUUAAUUACUUUAUGAUUAUUCUAUAUUCUUAUUGUAAUAUUGAACUAAUACGAUCAUUUACUUGAGUCUGUCUGCAUUACCAAUAGCGUUGUUGUAGAACCAAAUUUAAAAAUUACUAAUAAAUAAAAGUGUUAUGAUGGGUUAAUAAA